CUCUGGUUCACUUCAACAUUUUCUGAAAAAUGUCCCCCUGGAGACUGGCAUUAUUAGUACCCUUAGUGGCUUGUGUCUUAGUGGCAAGGACAGCUGCACAACCUAACUGUGAGAAUGUACCAGACUUUGGAAAAUGCUCCGGGGACGCAACUAAUUUCUGCCCCAAAGACAUAUCUUGUGGAUGUAAAGAUGGUGUUGCAUUUUGCAGCUGUCCAUACUAUAAAGGCCCAAACAAUGAUUACUGGUAUAUGGGUGAAAAAUGUGAUCAGCUCUGGAAUACAUUUGACUUGGUGGCUGUUACAAUACUUCCUGCAAUUGCCCUUGCUUUUCUUGUUGCUGUUACGGCACAGUUAAUUCACUUCUGCAAAACAAAAACAAAAAAGCCUACAAAGAAAGAUCGAAGUCAGAAGGAACGUUUAACAACACAAUCUCACCACAAUCAGUCAUACAUACCUGAUAGAGACAUGAGACCACUACAUCUACAAAACCAACAGGUAAAUAUGCCUUCGCCAAUUUCCCUUAACCCAAUAGCAGCACGUCAGAACUCUGCUGCAUUUGAGCCCUCUCGUAUGCAAGGAUAUAAUCCUUUUGCAGGAACUCGUGCAGAAGAACCUCUCUCUCCAGUGCAAAAACAAGCAGAUGCUUUUAAUUCUCAACAACAACCAAGGAGUCCAUUCAACAGAUAUUCAGAUGCGCCACAGUCAGGCAAUUAUAAUGAUGGAAGAACUGAUUACAGUGAAGCAAGAAAUCAAACCUAUGAUUACAGCUUGAAGCCAACUUCGAGAGCAGCACCUCCUCCAAUUCCUCAGACAGACUACAAACAAAAUGUUGCUGAACCCAGUUCUAAUGGCCAGUGGAAUGACAGGUCAUUCUCAUUUGCGCGUCCACAAAUUCGCACCAACUAUGGAUAUUAGUAUAAUUGUUUUAAAAUUAGUUUUUACCGUUAAUUGAUGAUUCGAAAGUUUAACACCAUCUAUAGCAUUGCGCAAACUUUUUAUUUUUAACUUGAUUUAGUAUGUCGUUGAUAAGAGUUUUAAAUAUGUUUAAUAAAAUAUGAGCAAUCCUGCUACCUAUACUGUUCUAAUAUACAUUCAUAAAGCUGUACUCCAAUCAGAA